UAGACCGUUGUGAGGCGCUUACUCUAAUAACAUAACCGGAAGGGGCAGUAUUUUCUACAGCUCACUUUUGUUUUCCCUAAAUCACUUCCACAGUCGAAGAAGAAGGCGGAAGUCAACAGAGUGCCUGUUGUAUUCCUGCUCCGAGCUGCAAGCAGAAUGGCGGAUGAAGAGGACGAAACUGGCUUCGAUGAGGAGUUCGACGACGGGUCCGGCGGACUUGAUGCCGGCCACGGGAAGAGAAAGAGGCUCUUCUCGAAGGAGCUGCGGUGCAUGAUGUACGGAUUUGGAGACGACCAGAACCCGUACACUGAGUCUGUGGAUAUCCUGGAGGACCUGGUGAUCGAGUUUAUCACGGAAAUGACCCACAAAGCCAUGUCUAUCGGACGCCAGGGCCGCGUCCAGGUGGAGGAUAUCGUUUUCUUAAUUCGCAAGGACCCCAGGAAGUUCGCCAGAGUCAAAGACCUACUGACCAUGAACGAAGAGCUGAAGAGAGCCCGCAAAGCUUUCGACGAAGCAAAUUAUGGCUCAUAAACGGCUUCUUUCUUUCUUUUUUUCUAAUCUAAUUUGGCAAUUCAUUUCUUUUUAAUUGCUGUUCUUGAUGAGUUAGUUCCUACUUGACUUGCUGUCCAAAGUCUGUUUGUUUGUGAUGUUUAUUAUUUCGUAUGGUGGUAUGACAGACGAACAAUGUCAAAGUGUUACCUGUUGUCAUGCUGUCUGGGACUCUCAAUAAAGAACCUGCAUAUUGUUUUAA